AUGUUCCGUCCUUUCACUCCAGCUCUUUUUACCCCGAAACGUUCGGAUUUUUCGCCUCGGUUAAAGAAGAACCAACCGUACGUGGUCAAGAUAAAUGAUGACGCGGAACUUCGUUACUACUCGGACCAUUCGCCAUCAAAUUCCUUCUUCAUGGACCAAAUGUCAAAUCCAGCGCCGAACAUUGAGUGGCGCAGAAAAGGUGAUCCCCAACCAAUCCUGGACUGGGAACCGCCACCGCACUCGACACUUGACCUGGCUCCACUCAUCGAUCUUGCUCAAACACCACGAAUUUACGUCUUGCGCGGACGCCAUUUAGUUGUCAGACAAGUGUCCGAAGAUGACUCCGGCACUUACGAGAUGAUUCUUACAAACGUGGCUGGCCGUGUAUCCGUCACUUUCGAUCUACUUGUGACAUAUCCCCCGGAAUUUUUCCAGCCACUGACACUGUCUGAACACGCCUAUGAUGAGGAUGAACCCGUGAGUCUGAAUUGUGGUGUGAAGCGUCGAACUGUACCCGGGAGCACUGUGGUUUGGGAAAAGGACCAACGAUUACUGAAAAAGCACAAAAAUAGCUUGAUGACCUUUGACGAUAACGAUGAGACGCUUCACUUUCCAAAACUGAAGCCCGAGGAUCAAGGGCACUACCAGUGUUUUGUGCAGACUGACGGCUACAAGAACCGCGCACCUGGUCGGGAAACGAGACUGAUUGUAAAAGGCAAGCUGCAGUUUCUGCGCGAAUUCACAGAACACUUCCUCGAACUGAACACGCAAGGUCGGAUCCCGUGUAAAGCACGUGGCUACGGCACAUUGCAGAUCAAUUGGUAUCGCAAAUACGGUCCACUGAAUACCGAUCUACACCCGAUACGACCACCGAAUCAAGUGGAGGCUGACGGCACUCUGAUCAUUCCCUUCGUUCAAAAAUCGGACUCUGGAGAGUACAUGUGUGUUGCCCAGUCGACUUACAAAGAUGCCUCAAUCAAUAUGACAAUACAAGUCCUAGUUGGCGGUGAGUGCGUACAACCCUAUUGUCCAUGA